GUCCGGCAGCGCCCUGGUCACUCAGCCACAGCGCUGCUGACGCAGUUGCUCGGCAGCUGCCAGGGUUCCCGUGGUGCUCCUGUUGUAACCGUUGCCAACCCCAACCCCACCAUCGACAUCGCCCCGGACCACCAUCACCGCCCGCAGCUUGGUAUCGACGGCCCCGGAGCUGGUCGGCGCGCCCAUUCAGUCCCAGUGCCAAGUUCACGUUUGCUAGACGCCGCACCGCUCAAAAAUGGCCUCUCCACCCCCCAUUGUUCUCGACGGCGGCACCGGCUUCCUCAAGGUCGGUUAUGCGGCGCAAAACUUCCCCGAGUACCAAUACCCGUCCAUCGUCGGCCGGCCGAUCCUGCGCACCGAAGAGAAGGGCGGCAGUGACAUGGUGAUCAAGGACAUCAUGUGCGGCGACGAGGCCGCGGCCGCCCGCACCAUGCUCCAGAUCAGCUACCCGAUGGAGAACGGCAUCGUCAAGAAGUGGGAUGACAUGCAGCAUCUGUGGGACUACACCUUCUUCGACAAGAUGAAGAUCGACCCCCGCGGCCGCAAGAUCCUCCUGACCGAGCCGCCCCUCAACCCGCUCAAGAACCGAGAGCAGAUGUGCGAGGUCAUGUUUGAGCGUUAUGGCUUUGGCGGUGUCUACGUGGCGAUCCAGGCUGUCCUGGCGCUGUAUGCCCAAGGUCUCAGCUCUGGCGUUGUCGUCGACUCCGGCGACGGCGUGACACACAUCGUCCCAGUCUACGAAUCCGUCGUGCUGAACCACCUCACCCGCCGGCUCGACGUGGCCGGCCGCGAUGUCACGCGCAACCUUAUCGCCCUGCUGCUGCGCAGGGGCUACGCGCUGAACCGGACUGCUGACUUCGAGACGGUGCGGCAGAUCAAGGAGAAGCUCUGCUACGUUUCCUACGACCUGGAGCUGGACAAGCGGCUAAGCGAGGACACGACGGUGUUGGUGGAGAGCUACACGCUGCCGGACGGCCGCGUCAUCCGCGUCGGGUCAGAGCGCUUCGAAGCGCCCGAGUGCCUGUUCCAGCCGCACCUGGUCGACUGCGACCAGCCGGGCAUCGCCGAACUAUUGUUCAACACGAUCCAGUCGGCCGACGUCGACGUCCGCGCCUCGCUCUUCAAGGCCAUCGUCCUGUCGGGCGGCAGCAGCAUGUACCCGGGCCUGCCGUCGCGUCUGGAGAAGGAGCUGAAGCAGUUGUGGCUGACGAGAGUGCUGGGAGGCAACCCGGAGCGGCUGAGCAAGUUCAAGGUCAGGAUAGAGGACCCGCCGCGGAGGAGGCACAUGGUGUUCCUCGGCGGCGCGGUGCUGGCCAACAUCAUGGCCGACAACGAAAACAUGUGGAUUUCCAAGCAGGAGUGGGAGGAGCAGGGCCCCAGAAUCCUGGAGAAGCUGGGCCCGAGAUAGGCAAGGUCGGUCGGGCGGUAACGGUGCAGCAAGCGUUGCCCAUUUUAGAUGACGAAAAAAAGAAAGGCGAUGACUGCAUGCUUCCAUCUGGUGUACUGCGAUGCUGUGUGCGGUGUCCGGACGGAUUACUGAACACGCAAGCCCCUGAUCCAGCCCGAGGUGCAUCAACCCGGGAAACGCCACCGCGUAGUGUUACGUUACCGAUCGUUACGUCGCAUAGUUAAUACACCACGCUUGUAAUUAACAUUCGUUAGUGACCUGACAUGGUUAUGGCUAAAGAGGUCCCGC